AUGAUCGUAGGGAAGAAGCGCAAGCUUGACCCCGAAGACACGUCAAACACACCAAAGAAGAAAAGUUCAUGCAGUGACACGCCUGUGAGACGCGAUCUUUUGGAGCGCUGCUAUGUUAGGGUCACUACACUAAGAGACCAUGUUCUCUCCAGCUUGCCGCGAGGUUCCCGCCUUCGACGCAAGAAAGUGGCAUCAAUCGGCCAGGGCGACAACAUUGGAGAAGUUGAGAGUCAAUUGUCUCGGCUAUUGGAUUCAUCUCUUGUUUGUUUUCGUGACCAAGCUCGCGACAGCGAUGACACGCGAUGGGAGCAAUGGCUUGUCUUCUCGCAGAAGGAAGAUGAAUCUUAUGUUAGCAUUUCGGAUGGAAUCACCGGUUCCAUGUAUUCGCAGUCAGAGAUUGUCGACUUUGUCGUGUGGCUCCUGUUCUCUAGAGACUUAAAAGCUGGACGACGGCCGAAACAUUUACUUUGCGACGGCUUCAGAAAAUCAGCUGGACCAGCUGAUCGGGGAAAUACAAGUAUCCCGGGACUCUUCAGCCUCUACCCCAACUCCCAUGUCAAGGCGCUUAGGGAAGCUCCUUGGCCACAGUUGCUGGCACUCCUGGGCCGAGCUGGCGAGAAGAUCAUGAUCGACUUACUUGUUGAUACUUCUGUCUACAUCAAUAUACAGGCGGGUUUCAACAAUUACUACCAGCUCACUGGUGUACCGUUGUCAGAGCUUGAUCUUCCCGGGGGUAACGUAUCACUUGGAAAUGGAUCUUCCAAUGAAUGCCGAAAGCCUGCAGAUAUCACAUUGGUGAGAAGCAGAAUAUUCUAUGCCAAGCCUUCUCUCACUUCUCGAGGCUCGAUCCAACCUGGCUACAAGCACAUCCAUGUUCUGAACAGAUACCCCCGUGUUCCGGACCCAAGUGAUCCCCAGAAAUCUGAUCAAAACGUUCAGCGACAACACAUGCUGAAAAUUAUGAUGUACAUGUUUCCUCGUCAGUUUGGGCUACACAACGUCUUCACUUCGCAAGUGGAUUUCUCCAAGACCUCCCAAAAGUUCCAGGACUAUACGUUGAGAGAGGACGAAAUCGCGCCAGCCUUCCAACCAAAGCCUGGACAGACUGGCAUCCAGAUGCCGAAGAUACCCAAGAGGCUUCGUGGCGACUUGGAGCAACUGGUUGAGCGUCUGCAAACUCGCCAUGGGCGUUGCUCAUACGUUGAACUUUUGCGACAUUAUUGCCCCUGUGUCUUUGAUAGACCCCAUCGAACUCGGAAACCGAAGAUGGAGAAAGAUUUCGUCUCAUCUCAUAAGCCCAAGCAGUCCCAACUUGUGUCAACAGCUUCGCGCCGAAGGAGGGCAUUCUCUCAGAAGCCCCCUGAAAAGGUAUGGGCAAACACGCAAAUUCCAGCCUUACCAGAAUGCAAGUCUCUUGUCGACCUCGCAACUCCGACGUCUCAGGUCUCGGCAUUUUGUCAAGCGGUGCUGUCAAAAAUCAUCCCUCACAAAUUCUGGGGCGAUGAAGACGUUCAGAAGCAUAAUGAAUCGAUGAUAAUGCAGAAAAUCGAUCAUUUUGUUAAACUAAGACGGUUUGAAACCAUGUCGCUGCAUGAGAUGUCACAAGACUUGAAGAUCCCAGAUAUAACCUGGCUUCAGCCUCCAGGCUCCGCUGGCCAGAAGCCAAGCAAAACGGACACUGCAAAGCGACACGAGAUUUUUCAUGAGUUUCUCUAUUUUGUGUUUGAUUCUCUCUUGAUACCCCUGAUCCGCAACAAUUUCUACGUCACUGAGUCUAAUACCCACCGAUACCAAGUCUUUUACUUCCGACACGAAAUCUGGAAGCGCAUCGCAGAGCCUGCCAUGGCAGAUCUCAAGGCGGAUAUGUUUGAAGAGGUUAGAUUGGACGAGGCAUUGGCUGUCCUCCAAUCAAGGCGGCUUGGCUUCAGCCAAGUUCGUCUGUUACCCAAGGGUGACAAACUCCGCCCCAUCAUGAACCUCAGGCGGAGGGCUCUGACCCGAGGAGCCUCAAAAACCCUGGGGCCGAGUAUCAAUACCAUAUUAGGACCGGUUCAUACGUUGUUGAAGCUGGAAAAGGAUGCCAAUCCCUCGAAAUUAGGGUCUACCAUGUUCUCCGUGAGUGAUAUAUACACUCGGUUGAAGCUUUUCAAGGAGUCCCUAGGGCCUAGUCAUGAUAAGCUGUACUUUGCCAAGAUCGAUGUCAAGGCUGCUUUCGACACGAUCCCUCAACCCGCAGUUAUCAAACUCAUGGGUUCCAUACCAAGCCAGGACAAGUACACCAUCAUGAAGCACGCCGAGGUCAAGCCCGGUGAGCGGGCUCUGCUCGAAGGUGAAAAGUCCUCAUCCAAAGCCAUCCGGCGAUGGCACGCAACAGCCCUGACCGAGGGCGAACCCUUCAACUUUACCACACGGCUCGAGAGGGAUUUAGCAGGAAAGAAGAAAAACACCGUCUUUGUGGACAGUGCCAUGCGAAAAACUCACAGCGUUGGCGAGCUCCUGCGCCUCCUGACCCAGCACGUUGAACAGAACCUAGUCAAGGUUGGCAAGAAGUAUUACAGGCAAAAGAUAGGCAUCCCACAAGGAUCUGUUCUUUCAUCUUUCCUGUGCAACUACUUCUAUGCUGAUCUCGAGGCCCAAUAUCUGGGAUUCCUAGCCUCGCCCGACACCCUACUGUUGCGACUCAUUGACGACUUCCUCCUCGUGACACUAGAUCAGGACAAGGCUGUCAGGUUUGUGGACACGAUGCACCAGGGCGUCCCCGAGUACGGCGUUGUGGUCAACCCGGCAAAGACUUUGGUCAACUUUGAUAUGUCGCAUGAUGGCACUCCUGUUCGCAAGGUUGAUGGUCAGGCAGGCUUCCCUUACUGCGGAACCACCAUCAACUGUCAGACUCUGGAGAUUACCAAGGACAGACAGCGGGACGCUAAUCUUGACGUGUCUGCCUCUCUUACAGUUGACUUUGGUCGAACACCAGGUCAAAACUUCCAGCGCAAAGUGCUCAAUGCCUUCAAGAUCCAGUCUCAUCUCAUGUUCUAUGAUACAUCCCACAACUCAACACGAACUGUCCUCACAUCGCUCCAAGGGGCGUUUGGCGAGACAGCCAAGAAGAUGUGGGCAUAUCUCCGCUGCCUUGGAAAAUCACGACAGCCCAGCGGUGAGCUGGUAGUCCGAACUAUUAUGAAGGUCAUUGAUGUUGCCUUUCUUCUCCUGACUAGCAAGUCUCGGACGAUGCGAUACCCCCAGUAUAAAUGCGACGUUCGCAAAUCACAAGUUGCACUUGUGGCCUGCUUGGCGUUUAGAGAGGUGUUGGCAGCGAAGCAGAGCAGAUAUCAGCAAGUUGUGGCCUGGCUGCGCAAAGAAGUGGACAGACUCGCUUCUGGAAAGCAGUAUGAGAGUCGCUCGAAUUCUCAAACGUAA